AUGCAGCAGGCCAAGAAUAUCCGACCCAAGAGCCCGUAUAUCAUCUCGGUGCCGAUGCAGGUCAAGCUAUGCUCAAAGAGAGCCUACCAAAGGGCGUUGGUAAUAGAGGGAAUUGGGACAAAUUCUCACCCCGACAACAACCUGGCCGACUACUCCUCUGGUUUCUUUGCGGCACGCGUGGGUGUCCUCCGACUGCUUCGCAUGCUGAAGAAACUCGACAUCGCCAACCGAUGCACUUGGUUUAUUCCAAGCCACUCCGUCGAAAGUUUCCCCGACGAGAUCCAGCAGGUCGUCGCCUCAGGGGCUGAGAUCGGUCUUCACGGAUAUGCGCACGAAGGCGCCUAG